AUGGUCACGAGAGCUGACAAAGGUCAGAUCUCUGUCGUUAUGGACAAGAGUGAUUAUUUCGACAAGAUGGAAUUGCUGUUGAGUGACACAACCACUUACAGGGAAUUAAAAAAGGAUCCCUUGAAAAGAUUAACAAAUAAAAUCAAUGAGUUAGUCAAGUCUUGGCGUAGGAGCGGUUUGAUCGGUGAGUUGACAUAUAAAAACUUAAAUUGCACCAACGGAAAUUUACCGCGAUGCUACGGGCUGCCGAAGAUUCAUAAAGAUGGUUUUCCGUUGAGAAUCAUAGUAUCCGCUUUGGGAAGCCCACUAUACAAUAUCUCGAGUUACAUCCACGAUAUCCUACAAAAAUCGAUAAGAAAACCAAAUUCAUAUAUCAAAGAUGGUUGGUCCUUUGUCGAAAUUAUCAAGAACACUGAUAUUGACAAAGAUAACAUUAUGGUUUCGUUGGAUGUGGCUUCAUUAUUCACUAACGUCCCAAAAGAUUUGGUAAUAAAGGCCAUACGGAAACGCUGGGAAGAUAUUGCCAAGAACACUAAAUUCAAUCUUUCUCAAUUUUUAUUUGCAACUGAAUUGAUCUUGGAUUCAACUUGUUUUGCAUUUAGCGGACGUUUUUAUGAGCAGAUCUUCGGCACCCCCAUGGGCUCUCCACUUUCACCUAUCUUAGCAGAUAUGGUAAUGGAAGAUAUGGAGAUUCAAUGUCUAAACUCACUAGGAAUGGAGAAACCAACGUGGACGGUAGUUCAGUUUUCAACAGAUAACACUGUUGAAGCAGUACCAUCGAGCUGGAUUGAACACAACAAAUGUUAUUGGCCUCCAUUUAAAUAUGAACAGAUUAUCACAGCAAUUCGGAAAAACAUGGAACGAAAUACAUGUUGGCCAUGUUACGAUAUUAUAACGUUUCGAAAUAGCACUUAUGAUGAUUACAAUGUAGCGAGAUUAAAAACCAAAAAAGCCGAAUACACAUCCGCAUCCGAUUUAAAUUCAGAGAUUGAGAACACGAAAAGAAAAAGAAUAAUAAAUCGUCUGUACGUGGCAAGUGACAGCGAUGACGAUUACGAUAAAAAUAACAACUACUCAACAAAACAAAAACAAAUAAAAGAGAACGAAAUGGUUAAAAAAAAGACCAGAAGAGCUAUAUAUUCUGGACACUCUGAAGAUUCUGAAGAGUCUAAUAGCAUUCUUCCAAAACAUCCGCAAAUGACAGAAUCCAUGAAAAUUAAUUCAAAUGCAAGUGGAUUCAAAGCAACCAAACAAACAUUCAAUACAUGUGACUCCCUCAAUAGUAACAUUGACACUUCUUUGAAUAAUGUUCCUCAUUCAUUCACUCGAGAUGAUGAUAAUACGAAAUAUUUUAAGGAAAUUAUUCGCCAACAAAGCUUCUUCAAAACGCAAUUGUGGCAAAUGGCAGACGAUUUAAGAGAAAUAAAAGAUAUCGUAACCGGUAAUCUUAUGCAACAAAAUAAGGAUGUCAACAAGCAAAAUGAAAAGUCAAUUUAUUUCUCGUUUGAUUUACCGUUAAAGACGGUUGAAGAGAUUGAAGGAGCCGUAGAGGAAUUUUUAAAAAUUUCAGAAAACUUUGAACGUUCGCUGCAGGUACUGCAUAUUGUGAUUCUUACACUAAAUUGGAAUUGGAAAAAGCAAUCCAAAAAUGGUUGA